AUGAGUGUUCAACAAGAUGAAGUAGAUAUCGACUGGUUGCCCAACAGUAAUAAACUUGCUCUUGGUUACAAUCCAUCACGUGGAAAUCCAAUAUGUUAUUCUGGUGAUUGUAUAAUGAAUGGAUUUGGUGCACCAAUCUUUCAAUUGAAAUAUACCAAACGACCUGCUGGUUCUUGUACGACGAAGCUAUUACCUGAACAUGUCGAGGCUAUAUGUAUACCAUCAUCCGAAGUUAAAGCCAAAACUGAAAAGAUCAGUACAUUUUAUGAAUAUAAAGAAAGUUAUCAGAAGAGUGAAAGUUCAGGUUUUAGCCUUGGUCCUAUUAGUUUCGGAUCAUCUGACGAGACAUCAUGGAUGCUUGAUAAUAUCUACAAGUAUAAUUAUACAAUGUAUUACACCUAUGUUCGAAUGUCAUUUGUAAAGCUGAUAUUAUUCGAGCCUCAAUUAGAAUUGACUGAAGAGUUUCGAGCAGCAAUUGCUGCUAUGCCGUGUUGCCAUGUUGGCUGUGAAACAACCGAAUCAUAUAUUCGAAAAUGGAUUUUCGAGCAGUUUGGAUAUACUUAUCUGAAUGAGAUUACACUCGGCGGAGUGGCACAACAAACUAUUACAAUUAAUAGUUCUGAUAUCGAAAAGAUGUAUCAAGAGAACUUCAACAGUGACAACGAAGCGGGUUUCUCUUUCGGACUGACCUUUGGAAUGCACGAAAGUGAGUCACACAGCAAGGGAAAUCAUAGCAAAUUUAUGACCUAUGUCAAGCAUAUCUAUGCAUCAACAUCAGGUGGUCAACCAUUCGAUAAUUCAGUGCAAAAUGAAACAAUCAAAACAAAUCAAUUAAAUGAAUGGUUCAAAACAGUACCUACUAAUCCAGUGAUUACACGAAUGAGAAUAAAUAGAUUGACAGAACUUCUCACAAAAAAACGAUUUCCAUCGGAUCCAUUGAUCGAAGACAAAGCUAGACUUAUCGAAUUAGUAUGGGCAAAAUUUGAUGGAAAUCAGACAUUGGUCAAAUGUGCGAACGAUUGCACUGAUGCAUGCCAUGGUCGUUGCAUACCGACUGGCUACUUCCAGUACGGUUUAUGCAAGUGCAAUCCGGGUUUUACUGGACACGAUUGUUCAGUAAGCACUAUGGCAUAA